GGUAUGGGCGUCUCAUUUUGUCUUCUUUUCCUACGCAUUGAGCCGACAGGGAAGAGGCGGCGGAGGAAGAGGAAAGGGGAGCGAGAAGGGCAACUCCUUGUUUCCUUGCCCCCAUUCCACCGCUUCGACCUAGUGGGAUUCGCCUUAUCUCGAUCCAUCCCCGACCAAUUUAGUCGCUCCCCUAAACCAGCCCCCACUUCCCCUCCUCUCCCUCCAUUCGAUGCUCCCAUCCGCGCGCUCCGUCGCUUUCUUCGCCGUGCUCCUGCUAGGGUUGCUCGUCUCCGACGUGUUGACGCCCGUGGUGCUUGAUCCGUCGGCGGAGAGCGAAUCUUGGGGUACCGCAGCUGCCGCCGCUGCUUCUGCUUCCCCUCUUCCUUCUCCUCCUACUCAUUUGCUUUCUCUUCCUGCUCCGCCUACUAGCGAGAUCUUCGUGGAAGAAAAAUGGACCGACCGGCCAUUGUCGGGGGAUUUGGUACCGGUCGAGGAGUCUCCUCCUUUUGUCCCGGAUCCCAAAUCGGCGUUGCUAUUGAAUUCGGCUGAAAGUAAGGAGGGCAGAUUCUUCCUCGCUUUGCCAAAUGGUACCAUCUAUUUCAUGAAUCAAUCUACAAAACCUCAGUGGAAGCUUUUGAUAGGUCAGCCACUUUCAUAUUCAUGGAGAUCUCCUUCAAAUGAUGAUCCUGAUUAUAUUGUGUUUUCUGAUAGCAAUGGGGAACUUUAUGAAUAUAGCAAGGAUGUUGGCAUAAGGAAACAUAACCGGACAGUGGAGGAAUAUGUCCAGAGAGCACCUGUGGUUGAAGGAUCAGUUAUCACCACUGGGACAAAGACAUCAACAUUUUAUGUUGUUGAUGCUGAUAGUGGGGAGUUAAUUUAUCAUGAUAAUGAGCCUUUUAGUUUGCCAACUGUUGGGGUUCCCAUGGCUAAAGAACAGUCAAUUGCAUCCAAGCUAGAGUCUGGCAAUGCUACUUAUAUUACCAUUAUAAGAACAGAUUAUUUUCUGAAUAGUUAUGAUAUAAAUAAUCAUUUAUGGAGUGUGAUGAUUUCUCGUAUCAGUGCUCAUAAUGUUGGCCCCGGACUGACAAAUACCAUGUAUGAUGAAAUGGAAAUAUCAUCGGUGUCCGGAAGAAAUAUUCCUGUCUACUUUACUGGAGAGACUGAUCAACUACCUAAACACAAGGCUAUGCUCCCUCCCUCAUUUUCUGAACCAAAUACUGGGAUGUGGUCUGGACAAGACUAUGAGCAAUCUUAUGAAUGCGAAUCAGCCAGUAACUGUUCCUUAGGAAUUGUCACAACUUCCAAUAUGGACCAUGACCAGAUAGUGGAGAGACUAAACGAUGAACAUAUUUCUUUAGGUGGAUCACGAGGCUUGCCUACUUCCCCAAAUGGAUGUUCACUGGGAAAUUGCAUUUCUGCUAGGCCAAAAUUUCCUACGGCAUAUUCUAGUUUUGUAAACUCAAGACAGAGACCUAGAGGUCCCAUCAACUGGCUUUAUCACGAACAAGAGUGUUCUAAUACAUCACAGAACUCAUUGGAUGAUUCAAAUAAUUGUUCAAUCGACGGACAUUCUCAUGUUCAGCAAGGCCGUGGCUUGUCAAUGCAAUCUAUUUAUGGUCAUAGUUGGCUAUUUAUUCUCUCUGUGCCUAUAUUUGCGUUUUGCUAUUUUGGGUUGAGAAAGCUGUUCAAGCAUGAUAAAAAAUAUAAUGAUUUGAAGGAAAAGCAAUCUGUCAUUCCUAAGAAGAGGAAAUCUCGGAAGUCUGGAAACUUGAAAAAUGCUACCAUCAGUGUUAGUCAGGAGAGACAUACUUUAUCCGUGAAAGAGAAUGCUGAAACCAAUGGGCAUAAUCAAAUUCAGGUCAAUGGAAGUUAUUCAUUCAUACCUGAUGGUGAUAGUGAUGGGCGUUGGGUUGGAAGACUUUUUGUUACAAAUAUUAAAAUUGGUCACGGGAGCAAUGGUACAGUCGUCUUUGAAGGAUAUUAUGGUGGUCGUCCAGUUGCUGUAAAACGGCUUCUUCGUGCACAUCAUGAUGUUGCCUUUAAAGAGAUUCAGAAUCUUAUUGCAUCUGAUCGACACCCAAAUAUUGUUCGGUGGUAUGGAGUAGAACAAGAUUUGGAUUUUGUGUAUAUCUCACUGGAGCGUUGUAUUUGCAGCCUAAGUGACCUAAUAUGCAUAUGCUCAGAUUCUUCUUCACAUUCAGUAUCUGUGGAAAAUGAAACUUCAAACUCUGUGAUUGAAGACAAAGUUCAAUUAGGCUUGGCAGAAGGUAUCAGAAAGGAUGUUAAUUUGUGGAGAUCAAAUGGGCUUCCUUCAAGGCAACUCUUAAAGAUAAUGAGAGAUGUAGUUUCUGGCCUUGCACAUCUACAUGAACUUGGAAUCAUACACCGGGAUCUAAAGCCUCAAAAUGUGCUAAUAAGCAAUGACAGAUAUCUUAAUGCCAAACUUUCUGAUAUGGGUAUUAGCAAACGCCUACUUGAAGACAUGUCUUCAUUGAGCCGUAAUGCUACUGGAUAUGGUAGCUCUGGUUGGCAAGCACCUGAACAACUUCUUCAUGGGCGUCAAACACGAGCUGUGGAUUUGUUCAGUUUGGGUUGCAUACUAUUCUUUUGUAUUACCAAGGGAAAACAUCCAUUUGGCAAUCAUUUUGAAAGGGAUGCAAACAUUAUUAACAAUCGCAUGGACCUCUUCUUGGUGGAUCAUAUACCAGAAGCUGAACAUUUACUUUGUCAACUGUUACAGCCUGACCCAAAGAUGAGGCUGAAUGCAGUAGAAGUAUUGUGUCACCCUCUUUUUUGGAGUUCUGAGGCACGACUUUCAUUUUUACGAGAUGUAAGCGAUCGGGUUGAAUUAGAAGACAGAGAAAAUGAAUCGGAGCUGCUAAAAUCGUUAGAAAAUAGUGCGCCAAAUGCAUUUGGUGGGAAAUGGGAUGAUAAGUUAGAUGUUGCAUUCAUUACAGACAUGGGUCGGUACAGAAAAUAUCGUUUUGAUUCCAUACGUGACCUUCUACGAGUAAUAAGAAAUAAGUUUAAUCAUUACCGGGAACUUCCAAAAGAACUCCAGGAAACUCUUGGACCUGUUCCUCAAGGAUUUGAUAUGUACUUUGCAAGUCGAUUCCCAAAGCUCCUAAUUGAAGUCUACAAAGUGGUUUACCGAUUCUCUUGCACCGCGAGAAGGCUCUGUUGAUUGUCUGAUACAGGAAAGCCAACAUCACAGUGCUGCAGCCCGAGUGUGAGAGACCCCUCACUGUUUUGACCUAACUCAGCCAUCUGAUACACCAAAAACCCGUCUGUGCCAGCUAGAGCAUCUUGUAAAAGCUGGAAUCUUGUCCAAUCGAUGGAUAUGAAUCUUGUGUAGUUGUUCCAUCUCGGAAAGCAGCAGCUGAUGUGGCCACAUUCAUGGUUGGGAUGGUUUUGGGUCUUCAGGAGUCACUUAUCAGGAUCGUUUCGCAUCUUCCAGUUGCGGGGUUCUGCUAGUCUUCAUGGUCUUCAGAGGGUUGGAUGUCUUCAUUCAGUUUGGGUGGAUUUGAUAAGGAAGAGUUUGAGUCAAUCUCGGUAUCUCCAAACUCUUCUUUGUACAUGUUUUCGAUCAUAGGCUUCCAAAGACGAACUCGUGCAUUUAUGAACCAGUUUGAAACCUGAAUGAAAGUGAGUCCAGAUGAGGAAAUGUGAUGGAUAAUCUUAAAAUAUAUGCAACUGAUUGCUCAGUUUCUCAGUUGCAGAUUGACAUGAGCUAGGAAUUAAUUCAUUGGGAGGUCCAACUUGAAUCAGGAACAACCCUUUUUUGAUGUCCAUACAUUUACUAAUCAUCAACAUCGAACGACAAAGAAUAGGAUAAGUUACCAUUUCACUAUCAAUCCUCAAGCAGAAAGAUGGUUGUUCAUCAGGAAGCAUGUAGAAACAAAUCCUUUGCCGUAGAAGGAUCAAGAGGUAAAAAUGUGGACAUGAGAUGAUAUAAAACGUGAAAGAGAGAAAAACAUGAGAAAAGGACAGUAAACGGAGUCGCAACAAAGAUAUUUCAGGUGAAAAAAAGACAGUAGUUCUGCCUUUCCGGUUAAGCAAUAUAUGCUUCUGAUAUCAAUAGCAUCAAAAGAGAGCAAAAUCCAAACAAAACCAUGCCUCACAACAGAUCCAAAGUCAAUCAAGAAUAAGAAGUUUACCUGACUUCUCGUCAAGCCUGUCUGUCUUGCAAGUACCAGCUUCUCAGAAUCCUUUGGGUAACUGGCAAAAAUGUAUCACAGCAUUGUGUUAAGAGUGAAGAAUCAUUGUACUCAAAAGAACCAGGUGGAAAAGAAAUGUUGUUGGAGCUUACGGAUGAAGGAAGUGCUCAAACAGCCACGCGCGGAGAAUAGAGACAGAUGACUCGGGCAAACCCCUCUGUGGCCUCCAAGAAUGCUGUUGCAUCAGACCAUAUUGAUGCAAGGUUCUCUGAUGCCGUAACUGCUGAUCUAUGUAUCUAAGGCGAGAUAACCCACUACUGCUACCACUUAAAUCCUCCGGUUCACCAAGACUUUUCCUGGUAGCUUGAAUUUGGCCACUGAUGGCAUCUCUCACGCAGCGGAAAUGCCGUGAAAUAGUUUGAAGAGCAAGUACAGUGUAUGGUUUAGUAGCCCCACAACCAGCUAUUGCAUCAAACCAUGACACUAUUAUCUGCAUCUGAUGGUAAUACUGUGCAUACCUUCUAUCAACCUAAAAUUAAAAGGUUAACUGAAGAUGAAAGACAAUGAAUCUGUUCU